UAGCACCCGUCGUACGGAGGAAGAAGACUUGCGCACACAAUGCACUGCACGGCUGGAAAGGGUUGCGUCUCUCCGAUGUCCAAGAUACAUUUACAAUUCCGAGGAAACGCGUGAAAAGGAAGCGGUGGAGGACGCUGGGUGCCCCUAACCCACAUAUGUUUUUUUGCAUACUGGACUUGGCCAGGUAAUUUAAAUCGCGAGCAGGGGACGCCGGCGACCAGUUGAACUUGUGCUAAACAUUGGAUCUAAACAGUGAAGGCUGCACAGAGGAGCUGCCCAGCCCGACGGGGGUUGGUCGACACCCUCGUUUAUGGAAAUCGACACCGAGGCUUUCAAGAACGGGCCUUGAUUUAUUGUUCCACGUGAUGGAGGGGGAUCGGAAGCAUAUUUGAGCUUGAAGGACUAAUAUGACGUUAUUAAACGAGUGAUUGUCAAUACUGGCUUCGCAUUCCUCCAGUUUCCUUUGGAGGAAAAAAGGAUAAACCCCCGCUAGCUAACAGCUGGGUCAGCUAAUGCUAACCUAGCUGAAGUGCUAACGUUACGUCUUUCUUUUGAUGGGAUACAAACUCAAACCAUCAUUUAUCGACCGUCAAACUCAUCGACAGUUGAAAAAAAGAAACAUCAACUGGAGAACAUUUUUCGGCCACGCGGUUAACUGUCUGAAUGUUAGUCGCGGGUCGCUGUCGCGAAAAUAGGUAUUUAUUCUUAGGUUGCUGUCUACAUAUAUUGUGAUGUAUCGAAGUUAGCCUCGUUCGUGCUAUUGAAUUAGCAAAUGCUAAUGUGUUGGAGUCAACGCGAAACGAGUGCUUGGCAGGUAGUCGCGUUCACAGCGUUAACAGAUGCAAAUUUUGGACUUUAAAUUUGACAUUUGUGAGUGACUGGUUUAGUUCUGACCUAAUAUUACAAUGUCACGACAGUCAGUGUGUUUGCGUUCCACUAUUUGGCCUCUGGGCCUUCCUAUCUAGCUAACCGUGUCGUUUUUGUGCUAGCACUCAAAUAAAUUGUCGGUAAAUUUUUGACGGAAUUUUUAGAUGGCGAUGGCCUGAUUUUUAACACUAAACCCAUGUGAGAGAGUUCAGCGGGCGUUGUCAUCAAUUCUAGCAGGGCUGUCGUCGUUGUUUACAUGCGUAUUCACUUAUUUUCCUUGCUAGCGAGCUAAUGUUAGCCAUUUCGAAGAUGUCUUGAUCGUUGUACUUGUGCUUCACUUCCGUCGUGGCUCGUUGAAAAUAAUUGAAAUGACACUCAAAUUCCGCCGAAAGAAAGGCCCCGAUGCCAAUAGACUAUUGUCAAAGGAAGGAAAAUAGUAUUAUCCACUGGUUCAAUUAACGCCAUUUUAACUGGGGCUCCGAGUUAGGGCCCGGGGGGGCUGGUGUCAUCUCUUUGCGGUUAGGUGCCACCUUCCACCGGACCGGGACUUGAAAUAAGUGCCUUUGGCGUCAUUUGAGUUGGACAAAAGGCUUGGAGGACAUGGAGGGUCCGAGCCGAAGCACUGGAACCAGGCAGAGCCGCCGCUCCCGUUCCCAGCGAGACAGGGAGCGGCGGCGGAGGAGAGUCAACCUGGCGGAGGAGCGGGCCACGUCCCUGUCGUCGGGUUCAGAUCGGGAGGAUCGUGGGACAAACAGCGUCCUCGGUCCUGGUCCGGGUGAGAAAGAGGGCCGGCCUGGUUUUGGUCGCCACAGACCACCACGUCGCAGGAAGAGGGAGUCGGUGUCGUGUGAGGAAGACAUCAUCGAUGGCUUUGCCAUUGCCAGCUUUGUCAGCUUGGAAGCUUUGGAGAUGGACUGCUCUAUGAAGCCCAGCCAGCACAACGACAUGCUGGGAAGGAGGAACAAGGGCAAGAGGGGUCCGGAGGAGAAUGGCGGGGGGCCGCUGUCUGAGCCGGAGGAAGGCGUUCCGAACAGCUACCCUAGCAGCUGUCGGAACAAGAGGAGGAAGCUCGAGGGACACCCUUUGGAGACUGGCUACAUUUGUGACACUGAAAGUGAUGCUGGAGACAAGGCCUCGGACCGUGACAUGGAUCCAGUGUUCACAGUCAGCACGCGAAAAGUUGUUGAGCCGCCGCCUUCAACCGUGGGCAAAAGCUGCCCGGGCAUGUCGGCGCGGAGUGGCAUCCCGCGCUUGAUGGUGACGCCCAGGGUUUCUGGCCUGGAGCGGAGCCAGGAGAAAAGCCUGGAGUCGCAUUUCCCAGAGGCCGUUUCGUCUUGUACCUCUUCCGCCUCCUUCUCCCGCCUGCCUUCCCGCUCACCGGCUUCAGCGGCAGGGCUGGUACCCAGGCCCGGUGCCGUCAACGGUAAUGGGGCCCGCCACCACAACGGCAGCCCCCCGCUGUCCAAACCGAAGCCCUUCCUCACCUUGCCGGGACGGUCUCACACCCUUUACAGCAGGAGCAACACGCCAGUCAAACCGGCGUCUGUUGCUUCGUCGUCAUCUUCCAUGCGCCCUCCAACUCCCUCCACCAGUGUCGCCAUGUCUUACAUCCGGGGCGCAGGGUCCUCGGGGCCCCUCCGGCCUCCAUCCCGGGCCAACUCGGGGGCCUUGUUUACUUCCUCACCAGGGCUGCCUCCCCCUCCUCCUCUACUACAGGGCCCUUCCCACUCAUCAGCAGCAGAUCAGGAAAUGCUGCGGCAGAAUUUAAACUCUCACUUCCUGAACGCACAAGAACGCGAAGGCAGACGCAGCGCUCCGGGGGCCGAAGGCAGUAACGCCGCCAUGGGUCGUUCCACUCCCGGUGGGGCGUCGGCGUCCAGUUCCACGCCGGGAUCGACUGGUCGGACGUCCCAGAACCAGCCCAGCGUCCAGCCGCUGGCCUACCAGUUCCAUCAGCACAACCACCAGCACCAACAUACGCACACGCACCAACACUUCACGCCCUUCCUGCACCCCACUGCCACUGCUCCGCCCCUGUUUGAUAAGUACCCAGGCAAAAUGGAAGGGCUGUACCGGCAUCCUUUCUUCCCACAAUACCCACCGCCGCCCUCAGUGCCCAAUAUCCAGCCUGUGAUUCCUCCCACCGGGCCUUUCAGCUCCCUGCAAGGAGCGUUCCAGCCAAAGCCUCUUGUCCCUCAGGGAACUGGUCCGGAUCUGAGUGCUCGCCUCGGGGUCGUGCCACACCACCUGCAGCCCAAAGAUCACCGGCUAACUGAUCCAUUUGGGACAUCGUUGAAAAUCAGUAAUAAACCUGGAAAGUGGUGUGCUAUGCAUGUAUAUGUGGCGUGGAUGAUCCUGAGCCAUCAGAAGAAAGUCAAGUUGAUGCAGGCUGAUCCUCACAAGUUGGACUUCCGCAAUGACCUGCUGGCCCGUCUUCCUGGGGCCGGUGGACUCGGCCCCAUGGGUCCCAUCGGAGGGCCCCUGCCUCCCAAUCACGACUUGACCAGACCUCCCAGUCUCUUCUCAGCAACAGGUGCAGUCAAUCCAUCCUCAGCCCCUUUCAUCGCCCCAUCAGCACCCCACUCAUCUUUCCUCACCCCAGCUGCACAUUUGGAUCCAUAUGGCCGCUCUCCACCCUUUACACCGCUGGGAGCCCUUGGUUCGGGUGCCUUUGGAGGACUCGGAAGCCCAACACUUGCAGGCUCCAUGUUCGGUCCUAAGGACUCACCUGCCAGUGUGGUGGGAAGCUUGUCCAACGCUUCCAACCACCACGAGCCGUGGAACCGCCUCCACGGCACACCGUCGGGCUUUCCGGCGGGCCCUAGCUGGGCCAAAGCUGGCGACAAGCGAGACGAGAGGGAUCGCGCCAAAGACAGCGAGCGGAGAGACAUACCCCACAUCAAAGAUGAAAAGGACAGAGACAACACGCUGUAUGGCCGUCCACCUGUGAGGAUGUCUCCUGUGGCGCCUUCCUUCAAGCCCCGCAGUAGCACCCCCAUCUCCCACAUCAACGGUCACAGCAGCUCCCUUGGUGGUGGAGGCGGGCCCGUUGAGGACAUGACUCGGAGUCUGAACAGAGACAGAGAACGCGAGCGGGAUCGAGACGGGGACAAGAGGCCGCUGCCGACAGUGUCUUCACGGGGGCUUCCCCUUGGCGCUUCCACUUUAGUAGCAGAGCGGGACAGACCACGUUCUUCCUCGUCCUCCGUGCUCAACACCCCUCCGCUUGCAAGCCGCUCAGCCCAAUCACCACUGGACCUUUACCCCCGAUCGCUAGGGCCGGCAGCACACGUCCAUCACAACGAACACUCCCAAAGAGACGGCAGCCUACCUGCGUCCUCGGCGGCUUCUGCCUCCGUCACUUCUUUAUCGCAGGCUAAGAAGUCUGAUCGGACCACAACGCCCAUCUCCAAGCCCCCCAUGAUCCUGGGGCAGAUUAAAGUGAAGGAGGAGCGCAAAGAGGAGCCUGAGCACAUCCCCAUUUCCCUGCCCGCCCCGCUACCCAAUAACACGUUCGAUCGCCCCAACAGCCACCCACACCACCACAGUUCUGGUACGCCCUCGUCCUCUCUGUCACUGACUCCCACUCCAGGUGUUCCCCUCCCUCCACCCACUCCCAACCCACCGUCUCACCUUUCCCUGCUGGAUCGCUCUCGGGCUAUUGAAGCCUAUUUGGGGAGCGCGGCAGGUUCCGGUUUGGUAAUGGGCCCAAGUGGGGAGCGUUUCACCCACGGGGCACCCCAGGGACCGUCGCAAGGUCCCCACAGCUUCACCUGGGAUCCCUGGAGAGAGCUUGCUGCCCAGCAGCAUCAGCAACAUCGAAGGGAAGCUAUGGCACUUCGUUCCGACCCGCACCUCACCAUACGUUCUGAUCCCCAUCUGGCGCGGCUCCUUCAGCACCAGCGCCUCCUCGAGGCGGAGAGGGCGGCAGCCGUUGCAGCCGCAGCAACCGCGCCUCACCACCCUUCCACAUCUACUGCCUCCACCCAGGCUGUCCGCCAGGAGCUCGCCCUUAUGGCCCACCACUUUGACCGGCCUCACCAGCUGGGACCGCCGGGAGGGGGCCUGAUGGAUGAGGAGCAGCGUGCGCAAAUCCUACGGGAAGACUUUGCGCGGGCGCGCUUCUUUGGCAUGCACUCCCACCUCCCGCCCAGCUCCCACCUCUCCAGCCCCUCCCAUGCUGCUACAGCUGCUCACCUGGAGCAGCUGCACCCUGGCCUUCUGUCCCACCACCUGCCUCCAGGGGCCGCCGCUGCCUCCCAGCAUCACGCGUCUCUGUACGCUCGUCUGGGCCCACUUAACACGCACCACGUCCCCAACGGCAUCCUGGCAAAAACGCCUGCGGGAUUGGUGGGGGCUCUAUCAAUGGGGGCGCCACCGCCUCUCAUUCCGUCCAUUACCAGCCGGGCGUCCACACCACCCCGCGGUUCCAGACUGAUGGGCCCCGGCGAGCUGACGCUGUUCGGCGCCCACAAAGAUGGAGAAUCCAGAUAGUACAGGUUGAAGGAGAUGAAGGGAAAUGUCAGGAUCACUGUGCCGCUCGCUAACAGUCUCUUACACAAAAUAGUCCCAGCGAGCGGAAGCCAGCUGCUGGUAAAGAUGCAAGACUUACUGAGGGGUUACUAGUGCAAUUUAGUUUGAGCAUUUAUCCUGGAUAUCCAGCUUCACGUCUGUUCUCGUACGCUCUUUGCAGACACUAGUAAGACAUAUCAACACACUAUUCAGAUGUUAAAUAAAUGCUCAAAUAUGUUGCCAUGAAGCCAUUUGAGCAUGUAUUUGAUAUGGUUUAAGGUCCAAAACUGCAUUUGUUGACAAAUGCGUGAUACAAAAAAAAUGUAAUAACAAAUCUCCAGGUUAACACCUCGAGCUUCACUGCAUGGUUUUGCCUCAUUGGUAACCUUUGGUUGUCCUGUAGCUGUUCUGCUAUCUAAAAGACAGAGAGCUACGUGGACCUGAAAAGGAUAUCAAAUGAAUGCUCUAACAGCUGGCCGUAAAGCCACUGGAGUAUUUAUUCACUAUCCUACGAUGGAUGUCUUACUAGUAAGAACAAAGUCUACCAGUAAGUACAUGGACGCUUGAUAUCAGGGAUGUCAAUUAUAUGCUCUCCAUGCUACAUCAGAUGCAUCUGACGAGUUUUAUUUUCUGUGGGAAGUUGCUGACUGCAGGGCAUUGGCGGCACACUUUCUGUUGACUUUUAAACAGGCCUUUUUCUGCGAGGAUCAGCAGUGACUUCCAGAGCACCUGAAAAUGUGUCUAGAAGUCAGAUUCUCAUAAGGUCAAGUCUCAAAAUCCAGAAAACGUGGUGCUGAGGAGGAGGGCGUGUAGACAUGAAAAGGUUUAAAGUGGCACGUUUUGUUUGUGUGCACGUUUGUCAUUGUGAAAAGACAGAAUACUGAUGAGACCAAUCCAUGAGUCAGUAUUGUACCUCAGUUUCUUGCUUUACCCAAAAAUGAAAAAAAAAAACCCCAAAGCCUCACCCUCAUGAAACAUGAGAUUCAUCCCAUUUCUGUUUGUUUUUGGGCUUGUUUUGUUCUCUGAGGAUGGAUGGCGAAAUGAACUGUGCAACGCUGUGUUCACUCACACAGCUUUUUAGAGCUUCCUCUGUUUCCCCACUCUCCUCUGGACUAUACAAGCAGGACCAGAUUAUUGUAGUCUAGACAAAAUGCCUUUGUAAUUAUUAUUCUUAACAUUAUCUUCAAUAAUAAUAAAUAUAUUCACUGUUAUGUUAUUGUCAUUGUUUCAGGUAUGCACCAGUACUCUUCUCUCCCCCCAGGUAGUAAUUCUACACAUCUGCAAAAGGCUUGCUUCACACUACGAUUGAAAUGCUGGUGAAGAAGCCUUUGGACUCUUCAAGGAUCUCAUCUAUGCCUUUAUUACGCUCACAGGGAGAGUUGACUGGGCCUUUGCUUUGUGUGUUCUAUCCAUUUGGGUCGAUGUUGUAGAGCCUUGUACAGUAAGAUUUGGAAACGGUUUGUGUUGCUGACAAAAAAUAAAUAAGUUAUAUACAUGGAUGAGUGGGACAUCUGCGGAAGAACUGAAAAGGCAUACAAAGGACAUCCACAGUGGACGUAAUGAGGGGAAAGACUGGGUCGAUUAUUUUAAUAUGACCAUUUUAUACCUUUCCAAUCCCUCCCCCUAGAGACCACAAAGAUUAAUUAUUAAAUGAACUGUUGUUUA